GACAUGAUGCAAGUUAUCAAUCAGGGGUCAAUCGUAAUCGUGGCUGAUAAAAGCUGUUAGGUCCAGUAGGCUCUUCGCCUGGACGGUAAACAGACGUUGAAUCUUAUAGCCAAAAUGGUGGCACAAAAGAUUUCUGGUGCUGAAGUUUCACGGGCCAUCGAAGAUGACCUGGUGGCGCAGGUCUCCUCUCUCCGGCAGCAGCACCCAUCCUUCUCGCCCCGCCUGGCCAUCGUGCAGGUGGGAGGGAGAGAGGACUCCAACGUCUACAUCCGCAUGAAGCUGCGGGCGGCUGAGAGGAUCGGCAUCCAGGCUGAGCAUGUGAAAUUGCCCAGGGAUAUCACUGAGAAUGAGCUGCUGGCUCGUCUGACCGAGCUGAACGAGUCCCCGGCGGUGCACGGCAUCAUCGUGCAGAUGCCGCUGGACUCGCAGUUCGACAUCGACGGACACAAGGUCACCGACGCCGUGUCCCCGCACAAGGACGUCGACGGACUAAAUACAAUAAACGAGGGUCGCGUGGCCACGGGCGACAUGGGUGGCUUCAUCCCCUGCACGCCGGCCGGCUGCGUGGAGCUCAUCAAGCGGACCGGAGUCCCCAUCGCCGGCAAGAACGUGGUGGUGCUCGGCCGCUCCAAGAUCGUCGGCACGCCGGUUUCUGAGCUGCUGAAGUGGGAGCAUGCGACGGUCACCGUGUGUCAUUCGAAGACGAGGAACUUGAGCGAGAUUACCAAAACCGCGGACAUUUUGGUGGUCGCCAUCGGAAGGCCCGAGAUGGUUCGCGGCUCCUGGAUCAAGCCAGGCGCAGUGGUCAUCGACUGCGGAAUCAACCCUAUCCCAGACGCAACAAAGAAGACCGGCCACCGGCUAGUAGGCGACGUGGCCUACUCAGAGGCGAUCGAGGUGGCGUCCCACGUGACGCCCGUCCCCAACGGCGUGGGGCCCAUGACCGUGGCCAUGCUCAUGAAGAACACGGUGCUGUCGGCGCGGAGGCAGCUGGAGCGCCUGCUGGCCCCCAAGUGGCCGCUGACGCCGUUGAGAUUGGUGCCUGUUAAGCCGCCUCCGAGUGACAUAGAGAUCGCUCGGUCCCAGAAGCCGAAGGACAUAGGAGUCCUGGCUGAGGAGAUAGGCCUGUACCCCAACGAGGUGUCCCAGUACGGACGCACCAAGGCCAAGAUCUCGCUGUCCGUGCUGGAUAGACUCAAGGAUCAGAAGCCGGGGAAGUACAUCGUCGUUGCUGGUAUAACCCCGACGCCCCUCGGCGAGGGCAAGAGCACGACGCUGCUGGGGCUGGUGCAGGCGCUGUCUGCGCACCGCGGCCGCAACGCCGUGGCCUGCAUGCGCCAGCCCAGCCAGGGCCCCACCUUCGGGGUGAAGGGGGGAGCCGCCGGAGGGGGGUACUCGCAGGUGAUUCCCAUGGAGGACUUCAACCUGCACCUCACCGGCGACAUCCACGCCGUCACCGCCGCCAACAACCUGCUCGCUGCACAAAUGGACGCCCGUAUCUUCCACGAACUCACACAGAAAGACGGACCUUUGUAUGACAGACUCGUGCCUAAAGUCAAGGGCGUGAGGAAGUUUUCCGCGAUCCAGCUGAGGAGGCUGAAGCGGCUGGGGAUUAACAAGACGGACCCUGACUCGCUGACUGAGGAGGAGAGGACCAAGUUCGCGAGGCUCAAUAUUGAUACCAACAAGAUUAUGUGGAACAGAGUGGUGGACCUGAACGACCGCUACCUGCGCAAGAUCACGAUCGGCCAGUCGCCCACCGAGAAGGGCUUCACUCGCGAGACCGCCUUCGACAUCUCCGUGGCCAGCGAGAUCAUGGCCAUUCUCGCGCUGGGCACCGACGUGGAGGACAUCAAGGAGAGGCUCGCCAGCAUGGUGGUGGCGCUGGAUAAGAGUGGCAACCCUGUUACUGCUGAUGAUUUGGGCAUGACAGGAGCUCUACUAGUGCUGCUCAAGGACGCCUUCGAGCCAACCCUCAUGCAGUCUCUGGAGGGGUCCCCGGUGCUGGUGCACACAGGCCCCUUCGCCAACAUCGCGCACGGCUGCUCGUCCAUCGUGGCGGACCGUAUCGCCGCCAAGCUCGCCUCCGCCCAGGGCUAUGUGGCCACGGAAGCUGGCUUCGGAUCUGACAUUGGCAUGGAGAAGUUCUUCGACAUCAAGUGUCGCGCGAGCGGCGACACCCCGCACUGCGCGGUGAUCGUGGCCACCGUGCGCGCGCUCAAGAUGCACGGCGGCGGCCCGCCGGUCACGCCCGGUGCGCCUCUGCAUGAGGUUUAUGUGCAGGAGAACCUAGAGUUGCUGGGCAAGGGUCUGUGCAACCUGGGCAAGCACAUCAGCAACGGCACCAAGUUCGGCGUGCCCGUCGUCGUCGCCGUCAACAGACACGGCAACGACUCAGAGGCCGAGCUGAACCUCGUGAAAGAUUACGCUCUACAAAACGGCGCCUUCCGAGCCGUGGUCUGCGAUCACUGGGCGCGCGGCGGCCUGGGCGCCGUGGAUCUAGCUGACGCGGUCAUCGCCGCCUGCGACCAGCCCUCCACCUUCAAAUAUCUGUACCCUCUGCAAGACUCCAUCCAGAACAAGAUCGAGAGGAUAGCCAAGGAGAUGUACGGAGCCGGCAAGGUGGAAUACACUGAUGAGGUGCUGCAGAAGAUUAAGGUGUUCACUGAGAAGGGCUACGACAAGCUGGCCAUCUGCAUGGCGAAAACGUCCAACUCGCUGACGGGCGACGCCGCGGUGAAGGGCGCUCCUACGGGAUUCACGCUCAAGAUCAGCGACAUCUUCGUGUCCGUGGGCGCCGGCUUCGUGGUGCCCAUGGUGGGCGAGAUCUCCAAGAUGCCGGGGCUCCCCACGCGCCCCAGCAUCUUCGACAUCGACCUCAACACCAAGACUGGCGAGAUCGAGGGGCUCUUCUAGUUUUAAGGAAUUGAAAUUAUUGAAUUAUGGAAUUCUAUUGCUGAUAUUGUUAUUGAAUUAUUAUUGUUACGUUUUUAAUCUUUAACUUUUACGGUCAUUAAAUGGUUUUUAUUAUAUUGUAAA